AUGGUAGGCGUUUUCAGGCGCUCCCUCUCUUUUCCAAACAAAACCCUUACCCGUCCACCUAAACCACAAUUUUCUCACCACAUCAGGUCCAUCUCUCUCCCAUGCAGAUCACAUCCCUUGAUUACUCGAAUCAAAGAUGAAAUCACCGACCUCAAAACCUGGUCCCGCAGUCCCGAGAAGCCAACCUCAGCUUGGCUUUGUGACGGUUUGCGCCGUCUAAAGGACCUUCAAGAUUCCCUCCACGACAUUCUUCAGCUCCCCCAGACCCAGCAGUUGUUAAGCCAUAAGCGUGAAUGGGUCGAGAAGCUCCUCGAAGAUUUUCUCCGUUUCGUCGAUGUUUACGGCAUCUUCCAAACCUCUUUUCUCUCCCUCAAAGAAGAGCAACUCGCGGCGCGGGUGGCUCUAAGGAGAAAAGACGACUCCAGGAUUGCCGUGUACCUGAAAGGUCGCAAGAAGAUGGCUAAAGAGAUAGCAAAACUCGUAUCGUCUAUCCGAUACAUUGGGCGAUACUCAUUUCCUGCAUCGGCUUUCGUUUCCAUUUUAGACACGGAGCUGACCGGUGUUAUUAGCGACAUUAUCGAAGUGACCGUUUCAGUAUCGGUGGCGCUUUUCAACGGGAUUUCCAUGGCCUUUACUUCAAGCAAAUCGUCAUGGAUUAGGUUGGCGUUGACCAAGAAAUCCAACAAGGUUAAGAUAGAGGGAAGCAUCAAAGAAUUUGAAGAAAUGGGUGAAGCCAACGUGUGGAGCCUGAGAAGGAAGGGAGACGAGGAAGUGAGGAUGGUUUUGGAGAGAAUGCAAGACUUGGAAAGGUGCAUUGCUGGUAUCGAAAGUGGAAGCGACAAAGCCUUUAGGAGUCUGAUAAACACUAGGGUUUCGCUGCUCAAUACUCUCACCAUGUAG